CGCAUUCCUCCUAUUCUUCCUCCUCUCCUCAUACUUCCCUCUAUAAUCCUUCCACUUCCCCUGCUCUCUCUCCCCCUUCCCCGCAUCCCCCUUGCGACAUGAGAUGAAGCCCACCUUCUCCUCCCUCACCUCGACCUUUCGUCUCCCCAACUCCUUUCCUGGAGUUCCCUACUUCUCCCUCAAGCGUCCGGCUGCUGCUCCACGAAGAGCCCCCGGCUUACGUGUCUGCGGCUCAUGCAGCGGACGGCCCAGGGAGAGUCCACGUAUUGGCGACCCUGAACCCCCAUGGCUCCUCCACCCUCCCGGCGCGGCGCCCAAGCAUCCUUCCUCCGGCGAUGCGCCGCUCGUCGGCUUCCGAAUCAAGGGUUCCGCUGUCGGCAUCCCCUUCUCCCUCCGCCUCGUGCAGCUGAAGAAGAAGAGGAUGAACUCCCGCCGCCCGCGGGCGCCUCCCGAUACCGACCUGGGCGACAUCGGGAGCGCCGUGUGGUCGCUGGCUUACGCCAUGGAGGAGAUCCAGAGGUCGGUUCUCUCCAGCGAUUACGAUGGCGAAACCCGCGCUGGCGCUCCGAAGGACGCCGCCGAGUCCCUCGUCUGGCUCUUCCAGAACGUCUUCUGCACCUCGCCUGAUCUCGUCGUCAGGCUUCUCGUUCUCCUGUCCGAGUUCUUGGCCGCUUCCAGCAAGAGGGAGAUUCCAGAUGCCAUCGUAUUCGAUACGGCGGAGGCUGCGGCUUCCAGGUGCUGGUUCGACGUCGGAAUCCUCGACGAAGACGAAGAAGCUAGAAGUUAUGACGGUGGACGUCCCGACUUCAAGCGGCGGCGCGCGGCUUACGAGAACAUGAUCUCAUCCGGGCUGACGACCUCUUUGAUCCUGUCCAACUACGCGCAGCUCCUGUACCAGUACGAGAAGGAUCUCGACAGGGCGGAGUACUUCUUCAGAUGGGCGGUGAUGCAGGAGCCCGCGGACGCGGAGGCGAUGAGCAGAUACGCUUUCUUCCUGUGGCGCGGGCGGGGCGACCUCGAGGCCUCGGAGGAGAUGUUCCUGGAGGCAUUGCAGGCGGACCCUGAGAGCCAACACCAUGGGGGAAGCUAUGCACUGUUCCUGUGGAGCACCGGUGGACUGGGGACUUGCUAUCCCCUCGGAGAUGGUGGUGAUGCAGAUGGUGAAGAACCGUGACUCUAAUCUCAGCAUCACUGAGGUUACGAGGUUGUCACGACCCAGCACAGACUCAUGUGUGGACCAUUUCCAACAAGGUUUUGAACCUUCCAUAUAUAUCUUACAGAUCUUGUUAUAUACAAUAUUUUACCGACACCCUCUG